AUGGUGGAGCCUCCAUCUGGUAACCAGUUUGAAGACAUCCAAUAUGAAGACAUCCAAGUUGAAGCGGCUGUUGGCAGGGGUACCUUUGGAGUCGUCUUCAAAGCGGUGUGGAAAGGGAAGGAUGUUGCAAUCAAGACCAUUGAGAGUGACAGCGAAAGAAAAGCAUUUCUUGUUGAGCUUCGCCAGCUCUCUAGAGUGAAUCAUCCAAACAUUGUGAAGCUAUAUGGUUCAUGUAAUAAUCCUGUCUGUUUGGUCAUGGAAUAUGCAGAAUGUGGAUCUUUAUAUAACUUCUUGCACAGUCCUGAGCCGCAGGCCCACUACACAGCUUCCCAUGCUAUGAGCUGGUGUCUGCAGUGUGCCCAGGGGGUUGCUUAUCUGCAUGCCAUGAAACCAAAGGCGUUAAUUCACAGAGAUCUCAAACCACCGAAUUUACUCCUGGUGUCUCGUUGUACUGUGCUGAAGAUCUGUGACUUUGGAACGGCUUGUGACAUCCAGACUUACAUGACCAACAAUAAAGGUAGUGCUGCCUGGAUGGCACCAGAAGUGUUUGAAGGCAGUAACUACAGUGAAAAAUGUGAUGUGUUUAGCUGGGGCAUUAUACUGUGGGAAGUCCUUACCCGCAAAAAACCCUUUGAUGAGAUUGGCGGUUCAGCAUUUUCUAUCAUGUGGGCUGUCCAUCUAGGUACAAGGCCUCCUCCGAUAAAAGACCUCCCAGAGCCCAUCGAGACACUGAUGACCCACUGCUGGGACAAAGAGCCUAACCAGAGACCUUCUAUGGAGGAGAUCAAAAACACCAUGAGCUAUCUAAUGAAGUACUUUCCAGGGUCCGAUGAACCUCUCAGGCUCCCGCAUCAAUCACCAACAAGUAGAAGUGGCUCGUCAACUGCUACAAGUACAGGCCCAUAUCCUGACUACACCAUCAGAAGUAACAAGAGUGAGGACAACACAGAAGAACUAAGCUCGUUUGGCAGAGAGGAAACCCUGAAAGGUUCUGAGUCCAGGUUUCCCCUCCAGUUCAAACAGUCAAAGACUGCUACAUUACGAACUGGCCUGUCAAGAGUGUCAAGUGGGGGCAGUCAACCACGGCGCCCCCAAAGCCCCACUUCAAGUUCCAGUCCGAUAUUUACUACCAGUCAGUCAGAGCUUAGGAUGACAAUUAGCCCACCAGCAACAAAUGGUUUCGACAGCUCCAUUCCCAAGGCCUAUCUGAAACUUGAUCAGCAGUUACAGCCCCUGGUUCCUUGCCCAAACUCCCAGGAGUCAAUGGCUGUGUUUGAGAAGCACAUUAAGAUGGCUAAUGAAUACAUCAGGGUUCAGUCAGAGAUUGCUGAACUUGUGCGGAGGAAGCAGGAGUUGAUUUCCGAGUUGGAGGAGAGCGAGAGAGAGCGCCAGACAUCAUCUCGGAUCACACAGGAGCACGGCAAACUCUUAGAGGACAACAGCAACCUUUCUGCCUACUGUCAGGUCCUAAGAAAUAAACUAAGCUUGAUCAAAGGUCAGGACCAAUAA